AUGCCAGAUAUUGUGGUACGGGUAUUACUUUUUUUGUUGCUGUUGUUGUUGUUCUAAUGCGGUAGGUAUUCGUCUCAGGAUCUGCUGUUGAAAUGUCAGAGAGCUGGAGAGAAAAUGGUUGCCAGUCUACAUGCCAAACACGGUCAGGAGACCAACACUCCUCCAGGACCUCACACUGCUAGCUGCCAGCGUGACAUUAUGAGCCCUGAACAGAGGAUGAGAACUCCUCUCCUAAUCCUGGCAUGGGCCUACCUCUGGGGGAUAGCCCUGGGUAUACUAAGGACUACUGGGUCCCUGAGGAGAGGAGCAGGGGGACACAUGGGCCCAUCUGGUGAGGGAUUGUCGCUUAGACGCUCCAAACGAGGUUGGAUGUGGAACCAGUUCUUCUUGCUGGAGGAGUACACAGGGACUGAUAAACAGUAUGUAGGAAAGUUGCACUCAGACAAGGACAGAGAAGAUGGCACUGUGAGAUAUGUUCUCUCUGGGGAAGGUGCAGGAUCCGUAUUCGAGAUCGACGAGAAAUCGGGCGACAUCCACGCCACCAAGAGGCUGGACAGAGAAGAGAAGGCCUUUUACACACUGAGCGCAAAAGCUGUGGACAGGGUUACCGGACGGGACCUUGAGGGGCCAUCGCAGUUCACGAUCAAAAUCCAUGAUAUCAAUGACAAUGAGCCAAAGUUCACCAAAGAGCUUUACACUGCCAGUGUGCAAGAAAUGGCUGACGUUGGAACAUUUGUUGUAGAGGUGACGGCAACUGACGCAGAUGAUGCCACAUAUGGAAACAGUGCAAAAGUGGUGUAUAGCAUCUUGCAGGGCCAGCCGUACUUCUCAGUGGAACCAGAGACAGGCAUCAUCAGGACAGCUUUGCCCAACAUGGAUCGAGAGAUUCGUGAGCACUACCAGGUGGUGAUUCAGGCAAAAGACAUGGCAGGACAGAUGGGAGGUCUCUCUGGAACCACCACAGUCAACAUCACGCUGUUAGACAUCAAUGACAACCCACCACGCUUCCCUCAGGGCGUGUAUCAGUUGACUGUUCCUGAGUCAGCUGAGCAAGGCUCCACGGUGGGCGUAGUGCGGGCCAUGGAUGCAGACACAGGCAAAAACGCUGAGAUGCGUUAUACCAUCACUGGCCUAGAUGGACAGGAUGUGUUUGACAUCUCGACCAACAAAGAAACCCAAGAAGGUGUCAUCACAUUGAAAAAGCCUCUGGAUUUUGAGAAGAGGAGGAUGUACACGCUGAAGGUGCAGGUGGAGAACGUGUAUCUGGAUUCUCGCUUCCACUCCACAGAGUCGUUCAGAGACACCGCCACAGUGAAGAUCCAGGUGGAGGAUGUGGAUGAGCCGCCUGUCUUUAAGAGAAGUGCUUACGUGAUGGAAGUCAAAGAGAACGCUGCCCCCGGCACCAUUAUCGGAUCGGUCAGCGCCGUGGAUCUGGACAUUAACCGCAGCCCUGUCAGGUACCUGAUUGACUGGCGCACAGACAUGGACCAUGUGUUCAAUGUCUACCCAGGCAAUGGAUCAUUGUAUAUCUCCCGUAGUCUGGACAGAGAAGAACAGGACUGGCACAAUAUCUCUGUGCAGGCUGCAGAAUACAACAAUCUCAUGAGUCAUGUUCCUGUGUACAUUAAAGUACUGGAUGUAAACGACAAUGCCCCAACUUUUGCCACCGUCUAUGAGACAUUCGUGUGUGAAAACGCCAAAGCAGGACAGAGGAUCCAGACAGUGAGUGCAUCAGAUGCUGACCAACCAGUUGGAGGACACAGGUUUUUCUUUAGCUUAGCACCGGAGGCAUCGGUCAAAGCCAACUUCACUGUCCGAGACAACAAAGACAACACUGCUGGAAUCCUGACACGACGCAGCGGCUACAGUCGGCUGCAGGCUAGCAGUUACCUGGUACCCGUGGUGAUAGCGGACAGUGAUUACCCCAUGCAGAGCAGCACCAACACACUGACUGUGCGUGUGUGUUCCUGUGACCGUGAUGGUAAUAUGAAGGUGUGUAACGCAGAAGCCCUGACACUCACUGCAGGCCUCAGCACAGGAGCACUAGUGGCCAUUUUACUCUGUGUCAUCAUUCUUCUCAUGAUUGUGGUUUUGUUUGCGGCUCUGAGGAGACAGAGGAAGAAGGAGCCUCUGAUCAUCUCCAAAGAGGAUGUGAGAGACAACGUCGUCAGUUACAACGAUGAGGGAGGAGGAGAGGAGGACACGCAAGCCUUUGACAUCGGAGCCCUCCGCAACCCAGAGGCCAUAGAGGAGACCAAACAGAGAAGGGACAUCAUUCCAGAGACAUUCUACCCCCCUUUACGUCGACCUGUCACCACCACUCAGUCCAGGGACAACACAGACGUGCGUGACUUCAUCAGCCAGCGGCUCCAGGAGAAUGAUUCAGACCCCACGGCGCCCCCUUAUGAUUCCCUCGCCACUUACGCUUACGAGGGCAACGGCUCAGUGGCUGAGUCACUCAGUUCCCUAGAGUCCGUCACCACGGAGGGUGACCAGGACUAUAACUACCUGAGUGAAUGGGGUCCCAGGUUCAAGAAACUAGCAGACAUGUACGGAGGAGAAGAAAGUGACAGAGACUCCUAA